UAUAUUUUCCGCCGGUUAAGUGAAGCGAAUUAGGCGGUAAAUAAUUUCCUUUGCAUUGGAUAGAUCUUUUGAAUGUACCAAUCAGAAGUUGUUUUGUUUAAUUACGUAUGCACGAGUUACUGUGCAUUAUGAAUUGUAAUUGUAAGUCAUUCAGCUUUGGGUAUCGAUACUUUACAGUCGCAGUAAUUUUUAACAUGGAUUCUUCACCUUCUCGUCAAAAUGAAGUUCAACAAUCUGAUAUCAACCAAACGUUGCAGUUGGUACUCGAUCAGUUAAAAGGGCAGCGACAAGAAAUCAGUUCCUUGAGAGAAGACGUUAAAGGAAACAAUUUUUCCGUCACGUCGGAGGUCAAAAAGUUGAAAGAAAAAGAACUUUCGUGGAAGAAAGAAGGUAACAAGAUUCAAUACACUUUUAACUCUCAAGUGUCUGAUUUGGUUGGACAAGCCACCUGGGCUAUUCAAAACAAUAAACUUGAUUACGCAUUGGACUUGUUGAAGGAAACUGACGAAAAAGUUCACCAACGUAAUAAACUCAUCCGAAUUGCAGACACGAGUGAGGGUGGCUGGGAAACGGUGCGCCAAUACGAGGCUAAUCCAGUUGCCAGCGAUAGCGAGGACGAAAACAAAAUAUCUAAGGCAGAAAACAGGGCUUUACGUAAACGUAAACGAAGUCUGCAGAAGAAGUCGUCUACAUCGCAACCUAAGAAUGCAUUACUUCCAGGGCCUCCUUCUUAUGGUAGGAAUCCUCCACUUCAGUCAUGGGGUAUGCAGAAUUCCGCUUCGGCAGGGGCAAGUACUUCUAAUUUUCGUCCCUACUCAGGAAAGAUCUAUGGCAGUUGCUUCGCAUGCCGGGAUUUCUCCCACUACAGAAAAGACUGUCCAUACGUGUCAGGCACCUACACCAAGCAGAGGUAUCCAACCGACAACGCCCAGAACAGAAAAUGAAACCGCCGAUUUGACAGAUGAGUAUUCUAUUUAUAGAUGUAACUGUAUUGAUUUUCACGGUGAAAGUUUCACCCAUGAUUAUUUCGAGUACGAACAGGGUCAGAAAUCUAUUAUUGUAAAAGAUAGGUUAAAACAAAAUGUGAAAUUUUGGCAAACAAUUGGAACUAAUGAAUUUAUUUUGGAUGUUAUCACAAAUGGUGUCAUUCUGACGAUAUAGAUGAUUUACCGGAAGUGUUAGUCGACAAGGUGCCUUGGAUCCCGGAACUACUGAAGGACGCUCGUGCAGAAAGCACCACCAAAACUUAUUACAGAACUUUCAUUCGGUGGAAAAAGUGGGCCUUGAGUAAUUCCUUGGGUGAAAAGGACAUCUUCCCGGCUAAAGCAAUUCAUUUUGGUAUUUAUUUGUGCUCUAUUGUACAAUCUACGAAUUCGUUUAGUUCAGUAUCAAAGUCAUUUUAUAGUAUUAAAUGGAUGCAUGACUUGUUAGGUAUGGAAUCACCCACUGAUUCUAUGCUCGUGAAAAAUAUACUAGAAGGUGCUAAGAGAAGACUGUCUAAGAGUGUUGUUAAGAAAGAACCUGUGACACCUGAAUUGUUGCUUAAAAUGUUUAAUAGUCUAUAUCGUGGGAAUAACGUGAAAAAUCAAAGGAUUAUUUGUGCGUGCUUGUUAGCAUAUGCAGGAUUUUUAAGAAGUGAAGAAUUAUUGAAGAUAAAACGUUCACAUAUUGUUUGUUCAUUCAACAUACAUUAAUAUUUUCAUUGAAACAAGCAAGACUGAUGUAUAUAGAGAUGGAGCGUGGGUAACUGUUUCACGUACUGGUACAACAUUAUGUCCAGUGGUUAAUUUAGAACGUUAUCUGACAUGGGCACAAAUUGAUUCUGAAUCUGAGGGCUACAUAUUUUGUGGUAUUUCCAAAUGCAAAAACGGUUAUAAAUUGAGAGACAUGAAUAAAUCAAUAUCAUAUACAACCCUGAGAGAACUUUUUAUCGAAGCAUUCAAAGAUCAUGUUUCAGACAUUUCUAAAUAUGGUUUGCACUCUUUGAGGUCAGGCGGUGCUACUGCAGCUGCCAAUAACGGUAUAAGAGAUAGACUUUUUAAGAGACACGGUAGAUGGCGUAGCGAGAACGCCAAAGAUGGAUAUAUUAAAGACUGUUUGGCUGAAAGAUUAAGUGUAUCACAGAAUUUAGGUUUAUAAUUAGAAACUGUUUUCAUGAAAAUUAUAAAAGCAUAAGUUCCCCGUUCUUUUAGUUCAUCUUUACCCAAGUGCUCUAUACAAUAUAUACUAUAUAUUCAGAAUUUUGGUUUUGUUGUUGUUCUAUUUAGUUGAUACAAAUAGAUCAGUAAAGGUCAAAGGAAAUAUAUUUUCCGCCGGUUAAGUGAAGCGAAUUAGGCGGUAAAUAAUUUCCUUUGCAUUGGAUAGAUCUUUUGAAUGUACCAAUCAGAAGUUGUUUUGUUUAAUUACGUAUGCACGAGUUACUGUGCAUUAUGAAUUGUAAUUGAAAGUCAUUC